CGAGCUCCUCCGUUUUUUCUUUUAAGAACGAGAACAUUUGUUUCUGGUCUUUGGAGCUGGUCUUACUCCCGUGACCGAAAGUUUGCUGUGAAUGGUGCAGAGUUAUUACACAAAGCCCAGCACCGGUGUCACUGAACAAAGCCCUUCGCUGCACAAAAACCUGUCCUUGGGAGCGGGGACUGGAGGUGUUUAGGAAAAAAAAACUCUGGACGGUGUUGUGGAGAGCCGAGAGCGCGCUUUCUCAGCCCCCGGGAGCGCGAGCCCUGUCUCAGCCCCGGGAGCGCGCGCCCUGUCUCAGCCCCGGGAGCCCAGUUUGGUCCCGGACACCGUGGGAAGAUGUGCUCGGCCGCCAGCAGCGCCGACCCGGCGGACCUGGCCACGCUGUCUCAGCUGGACGAGACCACUCUCCUGGAUGUACUCAGCCGCAGAUUCCACUGUGACCAGAUCUAUUCCUACAUUGGAGAUAUUCUCGUAGCCAUCAAUCCUUUCAAGUACCUGCCGUUGUACGAAAAAUCGGAAUCAGAAAAGUACAAAAGUUGUUCAAAAGAUAGCCUACCUCCUCAUAUAUAUGCAGUGGCAGAUCGUGCCUAUCGAUCGAUGUUGGGCCGUUUAGCCACUGGCCCGAAGAACCAGUGCAUUGUCAUCAGUGGGGAAAGUGGUGCUGGGAAGACUGAGAGUACCAAGCUACUGCUGCGACAGAUCAUGGAACUAUGCAAAGGAAACUCUCAAUUGGAACGACAGAUUCUACAGGUGAAUCCACUUCUGGAAGCAUUUGGGAAUGCUCAGACUGUGAUGAAUGACAACAGUAGCAGAUUUGGGAAAUAUAUUCAGCUGAGAUUUCACAGUACUGCAGUAAAAGGUGCAAAAAUUAACGAAUAUCUACUGGAGAAGUCCCGUGUUGUGCAUCAGGAUGAAGGCGAGAAAAACUUCCAUAUUUUCUACUAUAUGUUUGCUGGAAUAUCUGCUGCUGACCAGGAGGUCUAUGGACUUUUGGAACCCAAGUUCUACAGGUACCUAAAUCACAAAUAUGGUUCUGAUGAAAUCAUCCAACAAUGGAGUAAAAAAUACCAUGAAGUGUGCAAUGCAUUGGACAUGGUUGGGUUUCUUGAGCAGGAGCUGGUUGACAUGAUGACAAUACUAGCAGGAAUCCUGUCACUGGGCAACAUCCUUUUCGAGCAUCAAGACACUGGAAUUCUUAAAGUGAUGGAUCAGUCAAAGGGAUGGCUGAAAGCUGCUGCAAGUCAGUUUGGUGUUGAGCAAGAAGACCUUUUAAAAUGUUUGAUCUGUACGAUGGCAGUGACUCGAGGAGAAUCCAUUCAACGAUAUCACACCAAGCAGCAAGCUGAAGAUGCCAGAGAUUCUAUUGCUAAGGUUGCUUAUGGCAGAGUGUUUGGAUGGAUAGUCAGCAAAAUCAACCAACUUCUGGCUCCAAAAGAGGAAAUGGAUAUUGUCGAACUAUUGGAGAUAGGUAUAUUAGACAUUUUCGGAUUUGAAAAUUUUGCAGUUAACCGAUAUGAACAAAUGUGUAUCAAUUUGGCAAAUGAACAGCUUCAGUAUUUCUUCAACCAUCAUAUAUUUUUAAUGCAGCAGGAUGAGUACAGACAAGAAGGAAUUGAAUGGGAGCUCAUUACCUUUAAGGACAACAAGCCAAUUCUGAAUCUGUUCUUAGCAAAGCCAUUAGGAGUUUUUUCCCUACUGGAUGAACAAACUGCAUUUCCACAGGCCACUGACAAAACUUUUGUGGACAAAUUAAACAAUGCUUUCAAAGGAAAUCCACACUUUAAAAUAGGCAGAAGUCACAACCUGGUAUUCACUAUUGUACACUAUGCAGGAAAGGUCCAAUACAAUGCAUCUGGGUUUUUAGAAAAAAAUAGAGACACUAUCCCAGCAAGUAUUCGAGGGCUGUUUAUUAAUAGCAUCACUCCACUGCUAAGCGUACUUUUUACAGCUACAGUGUCAAGAACAGGAACCCUAAUGGCCCAUCAAAGACCAAAACUUUCCCAAAAAAAGCAAGACAACUUUAACAGCACCAGGAAACAAUCUGUUGGAGCUCAAUUUAGACAUUCGUUAGGAGUGCUGAUGGAGAAGAUGUUUUCUGCAAACCCACAUUUCAUUCGCUGUGUGAAACCAAAUACUAAUAAAUUGCCUGAUCAGCUCGACAGCAAAAUUUUCAUGGAUCAGCUGCGAUACAAUGGAUUAUUGGAAACUACUCGGAUUCGUAGAGAUGGAUAUUCUUGGCGACCAUUUUUCGAGGAGUUUGUAAAAAAAUAUGGAAUACUGCUUAUUACCCCCGAUGUUCCACUUACCAAAGAAAGUUGCCUGGCUAUUCUUCAAACUACUGACUUGAACGAGUGGAGGACUGGAAAAUCACGUCUGUUCUUUAAACACUGGCAUCAGGAUCAAUUAGCAAAGUGCAUCGAAAAACUUGAAAAAGCAGCAUUAAUUAUUCAGAAAAGCUAUAAAAGAUUCCGGUGUCAAAGCAAGUACAAAGUUUUGUUGGCUGAGCUUCAAAACCAGCGCCGGCUGGAAAUAGAGAGACAAAUUGAAGAAAGACGUCAGAUUGAAUUGGAGCAGGAAAUCGAGAGAAAAAAGCAGGAAAUGGAGUGGAAAAAUGAAAGACCGGUGACACAACCUGUUCCACUUCCGCGGAAAAAGAAGCCACUCCCACGUCCUCGUUCUGCAGCCGUAGAUAUGUUUCACCAAGCUGUCAAGCCUCCUGUUCCCAGACCACGAAGUAAAUUAAUAGAGGCAACUCCCUUCGAUAAUUCUCGGGAUAACAUGAACACCAGCUGGCUUCAGGAGCAAGCGGAGAAGGAGCUGAGAAUUAAUAAGAAAAGGGCUACAAUUCGAUGGUUCAAAGAAACUCAGGCUCGCAAAGUGGUCCAGAAUGGUACUUUCCCCUGCUGGUUUCAUGGGGUGAUUACGAGACGCGAAAGUGAAAAUCUGUUGGAAAACCAACCUUUAGGUUGCUUCUUGAUACGUGUCAGUGGAAGUAGGGAAGGGUACACGUUGACUUUCAGAGGUGUAGAUCGUUGCAGACACUAUAUGAUUGAAAUGCAACCCAAUGGGAAAUAUGUAAUACUGGGAGAAGAUCGGGCCCACUCAUCGCUGCCAGAUCUGGUGGAGUAUUAUAAGACUGUUGGAAUUCAGCCAUUCAUGGAAGCCCUCACGGUACCUUGUGGACAGAAAUGUGACAGUGAAACAGAUUAUGAAGAACUCAAACACUUUUUGGUGAAAAUCAAACCGCAAGAAACUACAGUUGGUGAAAAUGGGGCUAAUGUCUCAACUCAUGAUCGUGUGCACAAUGAGUUGUCACAACUGUUUAUGCCACCUGAAUCACAGUUGUCAGUACAGCCGCAAGUUCCACCAGUCAUGAGAAGGAUUGCAGACAGAAAGCUUCAAUUUGCUGCUGUUAAUUCAGAGAACUGGCAUGAAGAUGACCAUCAAGAAAACAAACGUACAUUUCCAAGACUUUACCCAUCCAUACGCUUAGCGAUGAAAGAGAUUCAGCAACUAUAUGAGAAACAAGGGUUUGCAAUGCAAACUAGCAUUGAUGAGGAGGUACCAGGUCUCCCUCCAAAACAAGUUAAAGAACGACAUCUGAGUACUGCAUUGCAAAAAAAAUGAUUGAAGAUUGGGAAAAUAUGUCCACACACAGAUGAAAAGAGAUGAUACUUUUGACACGUUUACUGCAACAUACGUUUUUUUUGUGUACUGAAACACAAUACCACGUUCAUCUGCACCAAUAUGUCUUGGGUAUAUAAUGUUGAUUCCAAUAAGUAUUUUGCACAAAUUUAUUUUUGAAUAAUGUCUUUUUUUGUAAAAGGUUUUGUCAAUCUGCCAAAGCUGCUUCUCACGAUAAAACUUUUAUUUUUUUUUCACUCAGUAGAUUUACUGUAUAUAUUGUAUCUGGGCACAUUUGAUCUAUUUGUUAACCUAUAUGCUGGGAAAUUAUUUGUACAGUUAAUAAAACAUUGAAAAAAAUAGUCAUGAAAGCU